GGUCCACAUAACACCGCGUGGAUCACCGAGUUGCGAAGUCCCCAACUUUGCAGUUCGCAACACAGAAGGGGAAAAAAAAGGAUUCGAGGGUAUUUUAAACCUGGCUUCGCCAGUCUCACUUACCUGAUGCCGCCAUCAAUUUUCCUCAACAACACAGAUCAGUCUCGAACAAUCUCCAACAUAACUCUUCUCUCUCGACGAAACGACACGUCUUUCAACAUGAAGUGGCAACUCUCCCUCCUGUCCCUGGCCUCGCUGUCAGCUGUCUUAGCCGUGCCGACUGGCAACCCGUCUGCGAUCGCACGCGGAGUGACUGAAGUGAAGGCGCGCAGCGCUGAGCAGCCGGAACCCGCCAGUGCGAAAAGAGAUGAGGAGGAAGUGGAGUUAUUGGUCUGGGGAUCGGGUCGAUGGCAAUACGGAGGAAAGGCCAAGAGGGACGGGAACGAGGCUCAGGCCUAGAAACGAUUAGCUAUUCUGACAGCAUCGAGACUGGGCUUGUGGUUUCUUCCCUUCUUAUUUUCCCCAACUCCUUUCAGAUGACGCUGCGCACAGCUUGAUGCGUGCAUCACUUCGACUACGAACUGUUUCUUUGGGAGGACUUCGACUCAACAGGACCGCCUACUUGGGUAGGCAGGGCUUUUGCAGGAACAUCGUGUACACACAUUAGGCAUACCGCUUCCAAUACAGUGUUCUUCACUAGACGCGAAGAUACCAAGAGGGAGAGUAGGACAAACUUGCUACCGCAAUGAGAC